GAAACAUGGAAAGAAACAGAAAGCGUCGAGAGACGAGCGUCAUGUCAACAGCUGCACUUUAAGGAAACGCGAAACAAGGGUUCAGCAGCUGGAGGGACAAACGUACAGCAGACCUCACAUCUGGAAAAAGAAAAAAAAUCUCAACAUCCUGACCGGCGUUAACUGGGAUCUGUUACAAGCUUCCUGCUCUCUAGAGUUGCAUCAGAGCAUUCUACGCCGUUAAGUCCACGCUCUCAGGAUGGCAGAGCCACAGAUUUAUGCUACCGGCAUGGCUGCCAAGCUCCGGAGCCAGUGGGAUCGAGACCAAGGCCUGGGGCAGAACGACAACGCCGUGAAGUUCCUGGGUCAGGACUAUGAAUCUCUCCGAGCCCAGUCCCUCCAAAGUGGGAGACUGUUUGAGGAUAACUUGUUCUCUGCUUCUCCUUCGUCUCUGGGAUUCAACGAGCUUGGUCCCAGAUCCGCCAAGACCUCCGGAGUGCGCUGGAUGAGGCCCACGGAGAUCUGCAGACGGCCCGAGUUCAUCGUAGACGGAGCUUCUCGUACCGACAUCUGUCAGGGAGCUCUGGGGGACUGCUGGCUGCUGGCAGCUAUCGCCUCGCUGACCUUAAACGACAACCUCCUCCACCGAGUGGUUCCUCAUGGACAGAGCUUCCAGCAGCAAUACGCUGGGAUCUUCCACUUUCAGUUCUGGCAGUUUGGCGAGUGGAUGGAUGUGGUGAUUGAUGACCGGCUGCCGGUGAAGGAUGGGAAGCUGCUGUUCGUCCACUCGGCAGAGGGGACUGAGUUCUGGAGUGCUCUGAUGGAAAAGGCCUAUGCCAAACUGAACGGCUGCUACGAGGCUUUGUCGGGCGGCAGCACAUCAGAAGGCUUUGAAGACUUCACAGGUGGCGUGACGGAGAUGUACGAGCUGAGUAAAGCCCCCUCCGACCUGUACAGCAUCAUCAAGAGAGCCGUAGAGAGGGGCUCGCUGCUCGGCUGCUCCAUUGACAUCACCAGUAAGUUUGACAUGGAGGCCGUCACAUUUAAGAAGCUGGUGAAGGGACACGCCUACUCUGUGACGGCCGUGGACGAGGUAGUUUACAGAGGAACUCCAACAAAGCUGGUUCGUAUCAGGAACCCGUGGGGGGAGGUGGAAUGGACUGGACCCUGGAGUGAUGACUCCAGAGAGUGGGGCAGCGUGGACAGUUCUGCCAGAAGUCGGCUACAGAACCGCAGUGAAGACGGAGAAUUCUGGAUGUCUUUCAGUGACUUCUUGCGGGAGUUCACCCGUCUGGAGAUCUGCAACCUGACGGCAGACGCCCUGCAGAACAGCCAGAUGAAGAAGUGGAGCUCGUCGCUCUUCCAGGGGGAGUGGCGACGAGGCAGCACUGCUGGAGGCUGCCGCAACUACCCAGCAACGUUUUGGCUGAAUCCUCAGUUUAAGAUCAACCUGCAGAACCCGGACACCCCCGGAAAACGAGACUGUAGCUUCCUGAUCGGCCUCAUGCAGAAGGACCGCAGGAAGAAACGACGAGAGGGCGAAGACAUGGAGACCAUUGGGUUUGCUUUGUACGGGGUUCCAAACGAGUUUGUGGGGAAGUCAGGCGUCCACCUGAAGCAGGACUUCUUCCUGACUCAUGCCUCCAGCGCUCGCUCAGAGCAGUUCAUCAACCUGAGGGAGGUCAGCUCGCGGCUGCAGCUGCCGGUUGGAGAGUACAUCGUUGUCCCCUCCACCUUUGAGCCACACAAAGAGGGCGACUUUGUCCUCAGAGUUUUCUCAGAGAAGCCUGCGAACUCCGAGGAGCUGGAUGAUAAAGUUGUAGCAGAACUUCCAGCUGAGACCAAACUGGAUGAGAGCCAGAUUGAUGCAGCCUUCAAGAAUCUCUUCAGACAGCUGGCCGGAGCUGACAUGGAGAUCAGCGUCACGGAGCUGCAAACCAUCCUGAACAGGAUCAUAGCCAAACAUAAGGACCUGAAGACGGACGGCUUUGGUAAAGAAGCUUGUCGCAGCAUGAUAAACCUCAUGGAUACGGACGGCAGUGGGAAGUUGGGCCUCACGGAGUUCCAUGUUCUCUGGGAGAAAAUCAAACGAUACCUGACUAUAUUCAGGCAGUUUGACUUGGACAAAUCCGGCACCAUGAGCUCCUAUGAGAUGAGGAUGGCUCUUGAAUCUGCAGGUUUCAAGCUCACCAACCACCUGUUCCAGCUGAUCAUCCUGAGAUACACUGAGGACGACAUGGCUGUUGACUUUGACAACUUUGUCAACUGUCUGGUCCGACUGGAGACCAUGUUCAAAACAUUUAAGACCAUGGACACAGACAAAGACGGUCAAAUAUCCCUGAACUUCUUUCAGUGGAUUACUCUGACCAUGUUCGCCUAAAGAUCCAGCUGCAGCUCCGGGCCUAGUAUUUGCUGUUCCAGAAGUGCCUUCAGUUCUUCCUCUCGUCUGUGAUCCUCUCUGCUGAGGCCUUACGAUGCCAAAAAAAAUUAUAGUUUCAUCAUUUCAGUGCCUGAAAUGGAAAUGUUUUGCCAAUCGUUUAGUUGUAGCAUGUUCUGUCCAAUGAAUUCUCUGCUGCGCUCGCUGUCGGUCCUGUCAAAAAGUUUAUACAAACCUUCAUGUGAAGGCAAAGCAGCUGACCAGCAGGAAUGAACUGACUGGUUUGGGUUUAGUGGGUGGAGACAAAGUUCAUUUUUAAAGUAAACAACUUUUUACUAAAUGUAGCCAACAUGUCUUUCAGGCUGUACAAAUUAACUUCACUUUUAUAACAUAGAUUUUAUAACUCUUCUGGAUUUAUAGUUGAAUAAAGUUAAACUUGCACCUACCAGACCAGAAAGGUCCAAUAAAUUUAACAGGACAAAAUGCUUUAGAUUAAAAAAAAGCACUUAAAAUGAUCACAUUUUUUUAAGGCAUGAUUUACAGUCGGAUCCAAACAUAAAUUAACAAUUAUUAUAUCCUUUUUUUUUAUGUAAAUCUGCCUUAAAACAUUAACACAACGGGCUUAAAUU